AUGGCUGAGGUGGAUGUUGCGCCGACCUUCGGCGCGGAAUUAAAGGAUGGCUUCAAGCCCGCCAACGCCUGGGCUGCCAAUGGCAUAGCAUGGCUCGACGAUAUCCAGGGCUUUUACCGCGAGCGCAGCGCCAUCGAGAAGGACUACGCGAAACAGCUCAAGGCCUUGGCUAGCAAGUAUUUUGACAAGAAGGCAAAGAGAUCCCCUGGCUUAGGUGUUGGUGACACGCCUGCCAUGACACCUGGCUCGCUAGAAAGCGCCUCCGUCACGACAUGGACCACCCAGCUGACCACCCUCGAGAACCGCGCCCAAGCCCACGACAACUACGGUAACGACCUGAUCACCAAGGUCGCCGAACCCGUCAAGAUCCUCACGGGCCGCUUCGACGAGCUGCGUAAGCGCCAUGUCGAAUACGCCGAGAGACUGGAGAGGGAGAGGGAGGCAUCGUACGGCGAGCUGCGCAAGACCAAGGCCAAGUACGACGCCGUCUGCCAGGAGGUCGAGAGCAAGCGCAAGAAAUCUGAGUCGUCCUUUGACAAGGCCAAGGCCCAGAGCGCGUACCAACAACAGAUUAUCGAGAUGAACAAUAUCAAGAACUCGUACCUGAUUGCCAUCAACGUCACCAACAAGCAGAAGGCCAUGUACUACCACGAAUACCUCCCCGAGCUCAUGAACAGCCUCCAGGAUCUCAACGAGUCCCGCGUGCUGAAGCUGAACAGCUUGUGGACCCUGGCCUCCCAGCUCGAGCUGGGCAUGCUGCAGUCCAGCUGCUCGCUCAUCGAGACCCAGACCCAAGAGAUUGCGAGAAACGAGCCGCACCUCGACUCGAUGAUGUACAUCCGCCACAACAUGGGCGCCUUCACCGAGCCUGCCGAUAAAGUCUUCGAGCCGAGCCCCGUCUGGCACGACGAGCCGACCAUGGUGGUGGACGAGACGGCAAAGAUCUACCUGCGCAACGUGUUGAAUAAGUCAAAGAGCCAGCUAGGUGAGCUGCGGAGAGAGGUGGACAAAAAGAGGAGGGACGUUGAGGCGGCCCAGGCGAGGAAGCAAAAGGUGCGGCAGGGCACGGACAACUCGGACGAGGUGACGCUGGUGGCGUCGAUCUUCGCCCUGCAGGAGGACCUACACGCCGUCGACCGCAAGAAGAUCACCGCUGAGGUCGAGACCUCCACCAUCACCUCCGUGGUGGGCGAUGUCACCCUCGGCGCCAAGAACCAUAACUUCAAGUCCCAGACGUUCAAGAUCCCGACUAACUGCGACCUCUGCGGCGAGAGGAUAUGGGGUUUGUCCGCCAAAGGCUUCGACUGUCGCGACUGCGGCUACACGUGCCACAGCAAGUGCGAGAUGAAGGUGCCCGCCGAGUGCCCAGGCGAGUCCUCCAAGGAGGAGCGCAAGAAGCUCAAGCAGCAGCGGCAGGAGGCCGCAAACGCCCUGCUCACGCCUCGCCUCGCCGGCGACCAGGUCGCGGAUCUGCCCGCACUCUCCAGGAGCCCCACCGUGAACAGUCUCUCCUCGGGCUACGCCGCCAGCGCCAACCGGUCCGCCGUGAGCGUCAUGAGCCCCACCGAGGAGACCCCGCCCGAGGUGCCCAUGAGCACGAGACCGACGAGCACCAUCGGCGGCGGGGGCGCACGAGGAAAGAACCGCGUCAUAGCGCCGCCGCCCUCCACCUACAUCAGUGAGCUACCCGGCAGCGCGCCAAACGGCUCGGGCGCGGGCGCGGCAACCGAACACCAGAGAGGCAAGAUGCUGUACACAUUUGAGGCGAACGGGGAAGGGGAGAUCAGUGUGCCUGAGGGGAGGGACGUGGUGAUAUUGGAGCCAGAUUCUGGGUCUGGCUGGAUUAAAGUCCGCGCCGGCUACAAAGAAGGCAUCGUCCCGGCAACCUAUAUUGAGGUCCUCCCUCCGUCCGCCAUUGCGCCCCAGCACACAGGCGGCACUGCAGCCUCCGCCCGCCCAGGGUCCACCUACUCCAACAGCGGCUCGUCCAUCGGCGGCGGUGCGCCCAAGAAGAAGGGCCCCGCCGUCGCGCCCAGGCGCGGCGCCAAGAAGCUCAAGUAUGUCGAAGCCCUGUACGAGUACACUGCGCAGAGCGAGGCCGAGCACAGCAUGGUUGAGGGCGAGCGGUUUGUGCUCGUCAAGGAGGAUCCAGGGGACGGGUGGGCCGAGGUCGAGAAGGGUGGGGUUCGGGGCAGUGUGCCUGCCAGCUAUGUGCAGGCUGUCUGA